CGCGCUUCGUUCGUCUUCCUCCGCUUGUCACGGUUCACUUUGCCGACAAGGAAAUCAUUUGGAACAAAAGUCAGUAUAUUUCUGUGUGGCUCACGGUUAAACAUAGUCUCGCCCACGCUGCUCUCACGCCGCACCGCCGCGGCCGGACUGCCCAGUCCCAUCUUCCUUCUCGUCGCCAAUACACGCUCCAGGACAAAACAUUAAGAUGAGUCGUUUAGGCCGGACCCGACGCACGCGCGUCUACGACUGCAACUUUGACAAAGGCGAGAGCUACUACCGCCCGGUACUGGACCGUCUGGACGGCAAGGUGCCGGCCGCACGCGCCGCCGAGUCGGACCGCGACCGCAUCAGGGCCGACGUUGAAAACCGCAUCAAGACUGCUCUCGAUGAAGACGCCACAGCUGAUGAUCUCUUCGACUCCAGAGGCGCUCGCGUACAGAGGGGCAGGCCUCUGUCCUCAGCCUUCGACAGCGAGGAACUUUCUGAGGAUGUAAGUCAACCAGUAUUCUUUAUACUCGGAUAGCCGAGUGCUUGAGGU